AUGUCCGCGUAUGACGGCUUCGUUCCUGUUCUCGUCCAUAUCACAGAUGACACAGACGUUCACGAGGUCGCCUUGAUCGACGAAAAUAUUGGAUCUUUCCAGCAACUUGCAAGCUUCUUAUACCAAACACUCCGGCCCAGGAUUCCGGAUUUCUAUUUGCCCAACGGAGAAAGGAGAAUCACCGAAAUCUUCGUGGUUUGGCAACCUUCAGAUAUUUUCCCGAUGGAAACUGCAGUUGUGGAUGGAAACAUUAGAGCUGUCCUUAGACUGCUUGCAGCACGCCGAGGAGUCGAUACUAUUCGUAGUUCGAGUUCCUAUUCUGAGCCGGGUCAGGCUAAAGAUGGCGUUUUGACAAUCCGAGAAGUGCUUCCCCAGAUCUGGAAGGCAAUUUAA